UAAGGUUUUAAUUUCCGAAAUAUUUCUCAAAUAAUAUAUAUGAAAUAUUUUAACUCUAGUCAAUGUAAAUCUUCUUUCUACGGCAAUGUUAUUUGUAUAUUUAGUAUUUUCAAAAGGUCAAACUUUCUUUUUUUCUUUUUAUUUUGACUAGAGUCUUGCAAGGUCAAACUUUCUUUCUUUCUUAAUAUUAUCUAAACUUAACUCAUAAGUAAUCCUGAUAGUCAUCCAUAAAGCAGUCACAAACUUUUACACACACACAUAUUUAUAUAUAUAUAUAUAAUACACAAAGAUAUGAGAAAAGCAUGCUCAUGAUCGUGGACGAAGAAGAAGAGGUUUAAGUCCCGUCUGCCAUAUUAUGAUUAUAUAGUUGUGUUUUAAUUUGAGGAGAAAAAAAUGGUGGGUAGAAAGAAGAGGAAACCCAAAACUUGUGACAACGGGUCGCAUGAAGAUAGGAUAAGCCAGUUACCUGAUGAUUUGAUAUCUCACAUCCUUACUCAUCUUUCUACAUGUGACGUUGUUAGAACAAGUCUUUUAUCCAAAAGAUGGAUAAAUCUUUGGGAACGUGUUCCUGAUUUGGACUUAGACUCUCACUCAUUCUCCAGUUUCGAUGCCUUUGUAAGUUUUACCGACAUGUUCUUCGAUAAACACAAGGUAUCAUGGAUACGCAAACUCAGGUUAAGUAUUCGCACGCAUGGUGUUGAUGACACCUCUUACCUCACCCCUUGGAUAGAUGCUGCUAUCACUCAUAAUAUUCAACGUCUCGAUGUUCAUUUUGCAUACUCAUUCAAGGAUCCAGUUCAGAUACCUUUGAACUUGUAUACAUGUGCGACAUUGGUACACUUACGUCUCUAUGGGGCAUUCAUGGUUAAUGCUCCUGAGGUUGUUUCCUUACCUUGUCUGAAGAUCAUGCAGUUAGAAUAUGUUAAACAUCUCAAUGAGACCACUUUGGUGAAACUUAUCUCAGGCUCUCCAGUUUUGGAAGAUUUAACCGUCUUAAAACCGGCUACCGUUUUAAAAGUGUGCUCACAGACACUGAAGAGAGUCUAUAUAAAUCAGCCUUUACAAAGUGGAGUUGUUAUUGAUGCUCCUCUACUCCAGUUUUUGAUGAUUAAGUGUUGCUUAACGAACAAUUUUAAAAUCAUCAAUAUAGGUUUCACUGCCAAGGUAGAUAUUGAUAUCUCCUUAGGUACGAGCUAUGAUUUAGAUAGAUAUGGUUCAUCCAAGAAAAGCAUGGUUUGCAAUUUCUUCGCCAGUAUUUCAAGGGCCAGAUGUCUAGCCAUUAGUUAUAUUACUGUUAAGGUCAUCAAGAAAAUAGAACCUCAGCUCCAAUUUCCUUACCUAUCCCAGUUGAGCGCUAGCUUUUCUGUGUUCGAUCUGAAUGUUUUACCAAUGAUUCUUAGGAGCUGCCCAAAGCUAAAAUCUCUCAUCUUGGACUUGGUUGAUGGAGAGCCAAAGGUGGUGUUUUCAUCCGUGCCUCCUUGUUUGAUAUCAUCACUUAAGUUUGUUGAGUUGAAAAGUCCGAUCUUGGGAUAUGAAGGAGAGAUAGAGCUAGUAAGAUACUUUCUGAAGAAUUCAAGAGUCCUGGACAAAUUGUGUCUAAGGUUUGAGAAACAUAAUAUGAAAAAAGCAAAGUAUAUCAUUCUCCAGGAACUCCUUGCAAUACCAAGAUGCUCCAGCACUUGUGAAGUUGUUUUUCUUUAGUUGGCAAAGAACAUUGUUUAACAUGUGAGGUUAUUUAACCUUUCUUAUGUUUCUUUAUACCUGCUUUCGUGUAAUAACAAUUUCUGUUUUUACUUUUAUUUGAUAUUUUAUGAAAUAAAGUAUUGUCUUCUAUA